GACCCACGACACGCAAACAAUCCCAGAUCCACCGCUGCUGUCUACUCCCCCACCGAGCUGCCGGCCGGCCGGCCAGCCACCGCUGCUCGGAGACCCGAUGGCCAUGGACGCAUCACCUCGGCUCUACCGCCGGCUCAGGAAGGCAUCCGACAUCUCCAUCGCCACAACCGCUCCCUCCUCGUCCAAGCGUAUGCGUACGAAGGAGUAACACAGCAGCUGCUGCGAGGACAAGAUCAGCAGCUUACCUGAGGAGAUACUGAUCAUGAUCCUUGACAAGCUAGACGCGCGCACAACAAUAACCACCACUGUCCUUUCAAAGCGGUGGCUGGAUCUUCCUCGGCGAUCACACGCAUUUUAUGAUUUUUCCAUUUAUGAUAUUCUCCCUCCACGCUACCACAGGCUGAAGAAAAUAGCUAUGGAGACUAAGGCCAGCUAUGAGGUGGUGAAGAGGACUCAGAAUCUGACUGACAUCUGUGACAAGUACGAUCGGUAUAAUGCCAUCAAAGACAGGAGUGAGCAGUGGAUGUGGAAAGUCCGUCUGCUCACACCCAUCCUGCAACGUUAUGAGCGUCUGGCCAUGCGAUGCUAUGUUAAACGGGUGAAUGCAUUCCUUCUGCCUCCCGAUAAUGUUCAGCGACGGUCUUUCCAGAAGCUGAGGCUUCAAACCUUUUGGAGGCCCGGUCUUGAUGAAUGGUUUAAGGCAGCGGUUGGCAGAUGGGGGGUUGAAGAUUUAGAGAUUGUCGUUGAGAGCCCUUGCAAGCAAUUGGGAUUCUAUCGGUUAGAUAGAUGCCAGAAUGUGCGGCUGAAACGCCUUCUGCUAUCCAAUUACUGUCAUUAUUAUGCAACCCCCCCAUUGUUUUUUCAGAGGCUCACAACACUUACUCUGUGCAAGGGAAGUUCACGUCCCCACCUCGUAUACGAUAUUCUGAGAGAUUGCUUGCAGCUGGUGGAUUUGAGGCUGAGGGAUAGUCCGCAUAGCCGAGCUCCUUUACACGUCAAUUUUCCUAACUCAAGGUUGAAGAAUCUGCAAGUGGACAACUGCGAUAUUUUUAAAAUCUAUCUGACUUCAGUGCCUUGUCUUGAAACAUUUGCUUGUCGGGGUCAGCCAACCAAACUACGCUACGGUGAGGUGCCUCGGCUUAGGCAUGUGAGUUUGAACUUCUUGGAAACUGGAUGUGCAUAUACUGGUGAGCUUGAUUUGAUUCCUAGAAAAAACACCCAUUCACUAAGCAAAUUCUUUAAAGGGGUGCCGCCACCAGUAGAGGAGUUUUUUCUGCAAUUGAGAGGGCAUCAGAUGUGGCUUAAACCAACCGCCAUAAUCAGCCGGCUUACCAAUCUGAAGAAGUUAUUCAUUGCAAACGUGCCAGUGGACUGGGAUACAUUCUGGAUAUUCAUCCUAUUUGCUGCCGCACCUUACUUGCAGUCGCUACAUGUUCAUUUUGACAAUAACUUGGAGAAGGUGAGUGCUGCUGGAUCACUAGACGUGCAGGUCGAGCAACCACAGCACCAUCACCUCAGAGAACUCGUGGUCAUCGGCGAGUGGCGUGGCAGACCGGCUUUGUGAAGCGGAUCAUGAGGGCGUCGCGGAGGCUGGGGCGUGUCCAUUUGCUUGACGGGCACGUCGUGGAGGACAAGGAGCAGGAGCUCGUCGGACUGGAGAUUCUCCCGCACCGGCGGGAGUGGCAUGAGUGCGAGAGGUUGGAGGUGCUCGAAGAACUCACAGAUGGCACUGGUUUCCCAGUUCACAAGAUAGUUUUGGAGUGACUUUUGAUAAUUAAUACUCCCUCCGUCCAAAAAUACUUGUCCUUGGAAAUGAAUAAAAUGAAUGUAUCUAUAACUAAAAUAAGUCUAGAUACAACCAUUUCUAAGACAAGUAUUUUCAGACGGAGGGAGUAUGAGUUUGUUGUGCCGGUGGCCUGCCUCUACUAGACCACAAGCCUAACUAUGGUGGCUGAGAAGAAAGAAAAGUGUGUCCAUAUGGGCAACUGGGUAUCUUUGCUUUGA